AUGCAGUUUAUGAAUACUAGCCUGGUAAAUCUUACGAAAAACUUGGGUGAUAACCAUCCAAUAACAAGCCAAUACUUUAAGAAUCAAGGCUAUUCAAAUAGAAAAAUUUCACUAGUAUGUCGCAAGGGGGUUUAUCCCUAUGAAUAUAUCGAUUCUCAUGAUAGGUUUAAGGAAACAAAGCUUCCUCUGAUUCAUGAAUUUCACAGGAUUCUAAGUGGUAAGAUCUCACAAGAUGAUUACCAUCAUGCCCAAAAAGUAUGGAACACUUUUGGGUGUAAAAACUUAGGUAAAUAUCAUGAUCUCUAUCUUAAGACUGAUGUACUUAGCCUUGCUGAUGUCUGGACAAAGCUUCGAAAAAUGCCUAUGGAAUAUGAUGGGCUUGAUCCUAGUCAUUAUGUCUCUCUUCUAUUAUAUUCCUAG